AUGGAGAGUUCAAGAUUGUGUUGCUUUGCUACGCUUAUCUUGAUGAGCUUUUGCAUUGAUUUGUCGAAAAGUGGAAAUGCGAACGUAGGAGUGAUUCUUGAUCUCGAUACGCCUCUUGGGAAGAUGUGCAAGGCUUGCAUGACGAUGGCAGUCGAGGAUAGGAACUCCAACCGCGAUCACAACACCACCGUGAUGAUCGUGCCUCACUUCAGGGACUCGAGGGGCGAUGUCGUUGCUGCAGCUUCUGCUGCUAACAAUUUGGUGAAGAACGCGCGUGUGAUGGCGAUACUCGGGCCACAGAAGUCCACUCAGGCGGACCUCGUGAUGGAUAUUGGCGACAGGGAGAGAGUUCCGGUCAUAUCUCCAGCAACGAGGCCGUCUUCUUCUCAAGUUAAAGCAAUCGCAGCACUACUUAAAGCUUUUGGUUGGAGGGAAGUUGUGAUUGUGUAUGAAAAUACCAAAUUUGGGAGUGGAUUAUUACCACAUUUGACAGCAAAGCUACAAGAAAACAAUGUUGUUGUCUCAAACAUGAGCUGUAUAUCACCUUAUGCUGAUGAUGAUCAAGUUCUUGAUGAACUCUAUGCCUUGAGGGGGAUGCGGACGAGGGUCUUGAUCGUGCACAUGCCUCCAGAUCUCGCGUCUCGCUUCUUCCAAAUGGCGAAAGAAGUUGGGAUGAUGAGUGAAGGGUAUGCUUGGUUGAUUUCUGAUCCGUUAACCAGUUUUCUGAGCUCUGUGGAUUCGGUCGCUAUUGAAGCGAUGCAGGGUGUACUAGGCGUGAAGGCUUACGUUCCACGAUCCGAGAAGUUUAGGCGAUUCGCUAAGAGGCUUCAUGCGGAGAAUCCGGAUAUGGACAGAACAGAACUCAAUGUUUUCGGAUUGUGGGCUUAUGACAGCAUGACAGCCUUAGGACAAGCUAUCGAGCGAGUUAAAGGAAAUUCAUCACUUGCUCGUGUGCUCAGAAACUUUGCCUCGAAAGGGUUGAGUGGCGAUUUUAGCAUAACCAACGGGGAGUUGCAGCCGUCUGCGUUUGAGGUAGUGAAUGUGAUUGGAAAAGUGGACAACACUGUUGGAUUUUGGACUGAGAAAUAUGGGAUUUCAAAGGAUGUGAGGUUGGAUGGUGAUGAGGCGGUUUACUCAACGGAAAAGGAGAAUCUUCGAGGCAUCUUGUGGCCGGGGCAAACGAGCAACGUGCCUAAAGGUUGGGAGAUUCCAGCAAGUGGGAAGAAGUUGAGAGUUGGAGUUCCUGUCAGAAAGGGAUUCAAUGAGUACAUCAAGGUUGAAAGGAAUCAAGAAACUAAUGCUGUUGAAGCAACUGGUUUCUGCAUUGAUGUUUUUGAAGAAGUCAUCAGAUCAUUGCCUUAUCCUGUUCCAUUUGAGUAUAUUCCUUUGGAGACCACGGAUGCAUGGAGUGUCGAAUAUUACGAUGAACUCGUUUAUCAAAUAUAUCUCGAUGUAAGCAAGCGUUGUUUAGUCAUGAUUUUUUUCCGUUGA